UGAGGUGUAGUCUGAGCUUCAUUCCUGCCUAUCACAGCGCAGAUCUUCAUUCAAUGUCCACAGGAUCUGUUUGUAAAUAACUUUCUGCAGCAGCGACUGACAUUUUCUUAUCCAGAUCACCAUGGUGCAUAGGCUUAAGGCCUGAGUGCUUUAAGUCAUGGCAUUGCAGGGUGGCUCAGAUGCCCCCGCUGCGGAUGAGAGGGGCGUCCCGCUGGAUAUCGACGAUGUCCACAUGCUUCUGCAAGUGGAGCAGGAGCAGGUUCAAAAGAGGACAUUUACUAACUGGAUCAAUGCUCAGCUUUCAAAGAGGAUCUGUCCUUCCUUGGUGCAGGAUCUAUUUUCAGACCUCCGUGAUGGAGAUCGAUUGCUGGACCUGCUGGAGGUCAUGAGUGGCCAGCACUUGAAACGAGAGAAAGGCCAUGGAGUUUUUCAGCAGAGGGGAAAUGUUGAAACGGCUUUAAACUUCUUAAAAAAUAAAUCAAUUAAGCUGGUGAAUAUAAACAUCCCUGAUAUCAUAGAUGGGAAACCUUCCAUUAUUUUAGGCCUCAUAUGGACCAUUAUUCUACGCUGUCAUAUAGAGGAGUUAGCCAGCACUCUCUCCUUUGGAUCCCGUUCCUCAUCUCUAGAUUCCCUGUCCAGUGUGGAUUCGGCUCCUGGAACCCCUGUUCGAGGCAGCCCUGUUCCACGGAGAGCAUCACCCCUCCAUGCACGCUUUCGCCUGUCUGCUAAAAAAGCCCUGCUCCUCUGGGUGCAAGACCAGUGCCAGAAAGUGGGCUCUUCAAUCAGUGUGAAAGAUUUCAAAUCGAGCUGGAGGAGCGGUGUUGCAUUCCACGCUAUCCUCUGCUCCUUGAGGCCAGACCUAGUGGACUUCUCCCUAACCGAGACGAGGAGCAACCGUGAAAACUUAGAGGAGGCAUUCCGCAUAGCUCAGCAGGAUCUGGGAAUACCCAGACUGCUUGAACCUGAGGAUAUUGAUGUCAGCAACCCAGAUGAGAAGUCCAUAAUGACGUACGUAGCCCAGUUCCUGCAGUACUCCAAUGAUAUGCCUUCAGUUGAUGAUGAUCUUGAGGCAUCACCCAAUCAGAAGGUCAGAGAGAUGACUUGUUGGCUUCAGCGAACCUAUCAAGAAUUGUUGGAUGUGUGGUCCUCCACAGAGAAAGAGGGGUAUAGCAGACGGUAUCAGGCAUUCCAGACAUUUGUGGGGUCGUUCUAUGAGCAGAGGCGUCCAGUGAUUCCAAUGCUGAGUGCAAUGAAACGUAGCACCAAGCUCAGCAAGGAGCAGGUUGCCUUAAGACAGGCUUGGGACAAUAUGGAAGGCAGGUUGCAUAGAUACAGAACUGAGCUGGAUGUAGCUUUGCCUGCUCCUUUACACACUUUGGCUCAGUGGCUACAGAGAAUGGAAGCAGUACUGGCUGAGGAACAAGGUGAUGCUGAUGACCACGCAAGUGCCGCCCGAAAUGCCAAAGACAAGCAAGAGCAGCUCAAGGCAUUAAUGGUGGACAUGAGUGGCCAUUUGGAUACACUUCAUUUGUUCCACAACACAGAUGAUGAUGGUUCCUCUCAGAUUCCUGCUGAAAAACUUGAUGAACUCAAGAGACGUUUCACCAAUGCCAGAGUGACAGCAAAGUACCAUGGCAUCAAGUUGGAGUACUUGGAGCACUGGCACCGCGUCUGUGAGCUUUUAAGCCAUCUCAAGAGCAAGCUGAAUACCUGGAGAGGACCGUUUGGCUCUCAGGAGUCUGUGCUGUCCCUGCUUCAGGACUGGGAUGAUACCAUAGAGAAGCAAGGCCUGGUGUCCAUCUUGAAAGCAACACUCCACAGGCUGAAAGAGACUGCUAGCACAUACACUGGCAAGGCAGCCCUGUCAGAGGACUCUGGGACAGUCAACAGACAGGUGAAGGAGGCUGAGAGUGAAGUAGCAGUGAGCACAGAAGAAGCAGAGGCUUUAAGGGGCACAUUGGACCGUGUACUGGCGGCAUGGGAGUUAUACAAACACCGCUUACACCUACUACAGGUCUUCUUGGGACAAUCACAGGCAGGGAACAAGCAGGUCCCUGAUAACCUGUCAGAAUGGAGCUCUCUCCAGGCCCAGCUGAAUGAAACAGGAAACUUUUUGAUUGAGAUGACGGACAGCUCCACCAGCUCCUCUCUUGCAAAUGAGCUUGGUAAACUUAACAGAAGAUGGGCAGAUUUCAUCAAGCAGACCAAGUUUGCGGUGCCAUCGCAGCAGGUUAGCAGCACAGCCCCGUGUGCUCAGGCCGCACAAUGCCUAGUACAGGAGGCCGGUUGGACACUGAGAGAGGCCAUGGAGGUGUCCUCUGAAACACUGCAUGCAUACAGGAAGAGACUGCAGGCCAUGGUAAAGAAAAUUUCAGCCUUAGACCUGGACCUGUUAUCUCCAUCUCCAGGAUUUAGUGAAGAGACACUGCAGAAGCUGAAACACACUCUUCCAGAGAUGAGUCAGGCUCUGAGCGAGGCAGAUAAGGCAUGUGGGGGGCUGCAGAAGACAGCAUCUCAGCUGGAGGGUAGACUUGCUGAGUUGGAUCACUGGAGCAUGGAGGCCAUGGAAGUUUGCCAACAUUUGAGAGAAUGGCAACACAGGGGCCACCUAGGGCCUCACCCUAGAGCCAAAUCACUUUUAAGCAGAGGGCUGCAGCUGGAGGCACAGUUGGUGACGGAAGGACAGGAUCUGCAAGCUUUGCUGGAAAAACUGCAAGAGAACUCCACCCUGCCCUUUCUCAGUGUGCAUGCCCUACAGGGCAGAAUGAAGCACACUGCAAAAAAAUCUAAGGAGAUCAUCGAGAUGCUUACUCCUAUAGGACUAAAGCGUGAGGGAGAGAUUGAAGCUGAUCAACCACCUCCAAAAGUUAUUGUUCGUGCUUACAAUGUACCAGAGCCCCAAGCAGGAACCUUCCAUGAACAUGAAACUCAUACCUCCAAACCUAAGAAACCCUCACAGAAGACACAAACACAAUCUCAGCACCAACAGAGUCCUGGCUGUUCUCGCCAUACAGCCAAAACUGGCAUUAAAUCCCAGGUGCUUUUGCAGGCUGAUCCUCAAUAUCAACCACAUGAUCAGCAUACUGUCCUACUGAGAGCUGAAGACAUAGAGAUCAUACAGAACCUGCCAUAUCCCCCUGGAAAAGAGAUGCAGAUGGAGCUUCAAACUGAGGAUCAGGAGUUAACUGUACACCCGAGUCAAACCAGGACCAGGACAUCAUCAGAAUGGCCUCAGCAGUUAUCAGAGUCAUCCAGCAGCACUGUCAUUAAGUCAGUUACCUUACACCGACAACAUCCUGCCUCUGAAUCUAAAGCCAAGUGUCAAGCUGUGAGUGUUAACCCACAACAGCAUUAUGGGCUCCUGGCCAAGGCUCAUAGCCUUCCCCAGUCCCUGGAGACAUCACACACACAUGUCAAGACACCAGCACAGGCUCAAAUUCAGCUGCACGCACAGGGAGAUACACAGAGACACACCCAGCUUGCUAUAUCACCCCACACUCCACAACAAGCCCAGGCUUUGCCCAAAGUUCUUAUCCCAGGCAUACAUCAGAGACAACAAGGCCAAGGUAAUGCCCCAAAUCCUCGCCACAUCCCUGGGCAGAGUGAGGUGUUUUCCCGAGCUCAGGCUAUGGCUAAGAGCAGGAUGAACAAGGCCAAACAACAUCUGAAUCAACACAUAGAGGAGGCCAUCACCAUAUUCAGCAACAGAAUCAUAUCUAAAGAGCAGGCCAGGAGGAAGCAGGGUGCAUUACGAAGACUUAAUCCAACAGUGCUAGAUGAAUUCCUGGGAGCUGUGGAAGCCCUAGGGGCAUUUUGUUCCGAAGCCCAGCUCCAAGACCUGGAAAAACUUUCUCUGUCUGUCAGAGCCCAGUGGGAGGAUGUCCGUUCAGCAAUAGAGUCCUUUCUGCCUGAGUUGUGGCGAGAGGUUGAGCGAAGGCAGUCAAUUAAUGUGGCUCUUGUGAAGCAUGACAUAGACACUAACACAGAAAUCCCAGCCUGUGAUCCAGACCAAGUGUGCUGUGAACAGGCAUGUUCCUUAGUAGUUGAGCCUCAAGAGCGUCUGAAUGCACUUUCCCAGCUCAGUUAUACUCUGAGAUCCCCAGCAAGCUCCUCUGUGACCACCACCCAGUUGACAGAGUGUGAUGGCAAACUGGAGACUGUCCACUACCAAGUUAUUCCAAGCAGCAACAUACCACCUUGGCAGCACCGCAGAGAGGGAGCACUGAGGAGAGAGCCUGAGCUGCCUGCUGACCAAACACUAAGUCAGGCUUAUUCACAGGCCAUUUUACAUACUGACCGUGUGGAGACCAAACAGACAGCAGAGAGGAUGGUCAUCCACACUGUGGAAAAACAGGAAGUGGAGGAAUCCCUACAGGAAGCUCACAGCAGUUACACGGAUUCCCGCUCAGCAUUCAAGCAGCAGCUGCAGAAAAACAGUGAGCAGCUGAGUGCAGAUUUCUUUACAGGCUCCUGCCUUUCACCUGUCACCAUGAACAAACACCUCCAAGAUCUCCAGGUCCUGAGGCAACAGACGGAGGUUUUAUGGUUUGAAUUUGAGCUCCAGAGCUCUUCACACAUGGAGAGUGGCAACAGGGUUGAAACAGACAGGGUAGAGCUCAUUGAGCAGUGGAGGGGACAGCAGAUCUGCCUUCAUGCCAGGAUGAGGUCACUCAAGCGUGCUUUGGAGUUGUUAGAGCCAACUGAUAUUCGUAUCAAACGGAUCUCUGAUCAGCUGGACCAGAACGUUAUAAAAACUUUGGACAUCACAAGCUUUGCCCCCGCUGAUCUUAGAGCAAUAUAUGGAGACGCAAAGCUGGUGGGAGAGAACAUUCAAAGAGAACUAACGCUCCUUUCUGAGAUGGAGAGUAAGGUGGCCAUCUCUGCUGACCUGACUGAGACUGAGCUUCAAGCCCAGCUGCCUCUACAGCAGAUCAUCCAGAGCUGUACACAGCGCCUGCAACUGCUGAAUCAUCGACUGGCCGGAACACAGUCAGUGCUUGGUGCUCUGGAACGCUUCCUGAGUAGUUUACACCAGCUGAACAAUGAGGUUUCCACAGCUGACGGUACAACUCCAUUAACAGCAGCACUGGACUCCACGUCCAGACUGGCAUCCAUCAGGGAGAAGCUUCAGCAUGCUACAGAAGAAGCUGUACAGAUUGAUUGUAUGCUCAAGGAUGCUGGGAUGAGUGUGACUCUGGACAAGAAACCAGGCUGCAGUCAGGAUUUGGUGGCCAGGUGUGCAAUAAAGAUCAAGGCUCUGGAAAGUAGAGGAGUGCAGAGCAGCAAAGAAGAGGAGAACAGGGCACGGGUGCUGAGGAAGAAGAGGAAAGCCCUGCAGGUCACACUGAAUGAGUUGCAGAGAUCAGUGGAAAGACAGAGCCUGAAGGAGCCCACUCUUCCUGCCCUUCAGCACAGAUUGCGAUGUUUGUCAGACAUGGAGAGUAAACUAGCUGCUGUGCACUCAGACAUCCGGAAUCUGCGGGACACAUCUGCUCAGGCAAACACUUCAGAGGAAGGCUUCAGAGAGCUGGAGGACCAGUGGGAGGAGAUCCACAAAACACUCAGUGAAAGUCAAGAGGAAUGUCUUUCCCUGAUCGUGUUGCUGAAAAGGUUUCAGAGCUGCCGUACCCAUCUUAACAACACCCUGCUGAUUAGCGAGCAGACUAUAAGUGAGCAGGCCUCCUAUAUGGGCAAAGAAAAUCUUCAACGUCUCAUCUCCAGGGUAAACAGCAUUAAAUCAGACCUGAGUGCUCUUGGAGAUGGUGUGGAGGAGUUUAGAGCUGUGUGCAGACAGCUGCACUCUCAGAUGAGAAAUAUCCCAGACUGUCCAGAUGCUCCAUUCGAGAGUGAGGCGGAUGCACUCAUGGACCGCUGGCUAGAUGUGAGUGAGAGGACAGACUGCCACUUUGAGAAUCUGCAGAUCGGGCUAUCGCUGUGGGAUAAGCUUCUCUUGUUGGCUAGGGAGGUGGAACUCUGGACUAACAACAAACUGAGGACAUUUGCACAGUCAUACUCAUUUCAGACAGAACAGGAGGUUCUUGAUAUGCAGGAGGAGUUGAGGAAACAGGAGGAAAAUGUGGAACAUAUCCAUCGCCGGUCGGCUGAGAUCAAGGAGAUUCUGCACAGCAGUGAACCCCCCCUGGAGCUACAGGUGACUGAGAGUCAGCUGAGGAAGAGAAUGGAGGAAGUGAAGGAGCUCUUCACUGAAACGAGUGACGUCUUUAGAGAGCUGGCGGCUGCCAAGGCUCAGCUGACUGCUAGGAUGACAGAGCGCGUGUCCUCCAUACAGAUGAUAAAUGAUGCCCUGAGCACACUUGCUGCAUCUGAGGGCCCUCAGCUCAUCCGGGAUAUCCAGGUCUUAUCAGAGAAACUACAGCUAGAAACUGAGCAGGCAGACACUCUUCUGCAUCAGGUUGCCUUGUUGGCCAAUGUGGCCAGCCCAGAGAGCUUGUUGUCUCUUAUUGAGGAUGGGGCUCAGCUGCAGGAAAACAUAUCUGCCAUCAAACACAUGAUCAUUCUGAAGAGAGAAGAAGCAGAGAGCCUUAAUAAGACACAACAGGUCAAAUAUGCUCAAGUCACAGAGUCAGAGGAUCUUCAUUCCCAAGUCACAGUCCAGAAGGUCCAAGAUCCUCCACCAAAGAAACGUGAUGUCAGCAACAGUCAGGCACAGCAGGGUCAAUCUUCAUCUCACAUCUAUCCCAAAGCAAAAGAGUUACAUGAAGAUGUAGCAGACCGUGAACACUUGCUUAAAGAUUUAGAGAACUUCAGACACCUGGCAGAAAUGACAGAAGAAUGGCUUAAAAGAUUACAGCAGUCAGUUGACACUCAGGAAACAGAUACUCAGAACAUCCCUGCUAAAACUGAGGAGAGACUGCAGGAACUGCAGGUGGUGUUGGACCUGAGGGCUGAAGGAGACAGCAGGUUGGAGAAGCUGAAGGUCAGAGGUCAGUCACUCCUCCAGAGACACAGUGAGAGAGGGGGAAGAGACUUACAGGAUGUCCUAUGCAUACUUAGGGAUGCAGAGUGCCAGUGGGAUUCUGUGUUGCAGUCUGCAGUUAAGCAGUACAGAUUUCUACAGGGUGUUAUGGAGCCCUUUUCCUCCAUUCAGCAUCAGCGACAACUGGAAGGUCAGACAGCCCUGUCUCAGGAUGUUCAGACUCUGCUCAAUAAGCCGACAACGCUUGAGAAGUCCAUUCACAAACAGCUUGACCAUUUACAAAGCCAAAAGGCCAGAGAAACGGGUUUUGAAAUGGUUGCUCACACUAUAGAGGAUGGCAGUGAAAGAAGAGAUACCAGAAUUACACCUAAUCAAGUUAGUAAAAUGGAACAGCAUAUGAAAUGUUCAUCAAGUCAAACUGAGCAUCUCCUGAACACCAUGAAAGACAUGACAGAUUAUGGACAGUCCACUGAGCUAAGUGGCUUGCCCACUGGUGCAGAUCGUCAACACACAGCUACUGCUCCUAAACCUGUGUUUAACAUUGUUCUGCAAACUGAACUUUCUACGUCCAAUAAAGAAAGUUCACUGUUCGAUUCUGUAGAUUCUAUUUCUCAACAAAAUGUAACCAAGCCUAUUUCAUUUUUUGCUAUACAUUAUGAUGAGGCAACUAAAAAACAAGAGGAAAUUGUUAAACACAGUAAUGACAUUACUCUAGAGGGAAUGCAGUCAUCCUCACGUACGGAAUCAAUUCAUACCAGAAGUUCUCUUUCUCCACUCAAAAUCAUUGUUGGUGCAGAGAGUUCCUCUGGAGAUGCAGAUGUGUCAAGUCAACAGACUUCUACGUUACACAUGGACAGUGACAAGCGAAGUAGUACUGAGACUGCAAAAGUUUGUAAAACUGUUCUGGAUAUUGAUCACUCUAUACUGAAACCUCAUGGGCAGCAGUCAGUAGAGUCUCCCAAACUCGGAGAUGCUAUUGAAUUCAGUUAUGAGAUGCCCACUGACAAUGCAAUAGACUCUAAAUCAAGAACAACAAACAAUGAAGAGGAUCUUGUGAAGUCACUGGACUGUCUAGAGGAAAUCCAGCCGACCUCCCUUACAGAAUCAGUGCAAACAGGUCAGCCUGAAAAUGCUUAUUGUCAACAACUCCAAACCCCUGUUUGUGCAGGAAGUUCCACUGGAGAUGCAGAUUUGUCGAGUCAAAAAGCUUUGAUGUUAUCUGUCAGGCAUAUUACAGACAUGGAUGUGCUGCAAAAUCAGGAAGUAGAUACAAUGACAGAGAUUAAUGCUAGAUCUGUUUCCUACCAAAAAUCUCCUGCAUCUCCAGAUCAGCACCAACAACAGGGACAGGAAAGAGCAAUUCCAAAUGACAGAAAUGAACCAGAUGCUAAACAGGCAAAAUCAGAAGAAGACUCUUUUGGGUUCAGACAGGGAACUGAACACACACAAGGAGAAGUUGAUUUUUCACAUACUGCAGUAGCAGAUGUUCAUGAAAAUACUGCAACAGAAACUGACUUGUCUAAUCAGACACCUGUUGCAACCCAGCCUGAUUCCUGUAUGGUACACAUGGACAGUGACAACCAAUGUAGUGUUGGUGCUGCAAAAGUUUAUACCACGAUUCUGGAUGUUCUUCAACCUGUAUUAAAACCUGAGACGCACCGGUCAGCUGAUGAUAAAGAAAUUGGUACUGAAAAGUCUACUGCUAAAUCAGAGGACUUUAAAUCAGAAAGAACAAAAUGUAAUGAGGCUCUUAUGCAGUCACUGGACAUUCUAGAGGAAAUGGAGUCAACCAUACAGACAGAAUCAGUGCAAACAAGUCAGACUGAAAAUGCUGGUCUUCAACCCCAAGUCAAAACCCCUGCUGGUAAAGACGAUUCAUGUAGAGAUGUAUAUGUGUCACAUCAUCAAACAUCUACAUCAUCAGACAGAGAUUCUAUAAUGGCAGAUGUGCUGGAAAAUCAGAAGGUUCAUACAAAGGAACCUAAUGCACUAUCAAUUUCCUAUCAGCACAAUACUGGAUCUAUAGUUCGGGGCAGAAAAGAGAGACAACUGAGAGCGAUUGGAAAUGACAAAAGCACAAAUGAACUGGACACUAAACAGACCAAAGCAGAAGAUGGCCAUUGUUCCAAGCAUUCCAGUUCUAUUAAGAAAAGAAAGAAGAAAAAGAGGGUGCUGAACACAGAUCAGAUAGUUAUUAAAGAAGACCAGAAGAGUGAAACAACAAUCUCCAAACAAAUGAGUGAAGGCAGAUCUAUGCAACAUCAGACAACUAGCACAAGGCACCUUGAUGCCACAGACACAACACAGGGUGCAUUAACAGAAGAGGAUGUGCUGCAAAAUCAGGGAGUUGAUACAACAAAAGAUCUUGAAGGCAGGAGUGUUUCUUACCAGCUACACACUGUAUUUACAGAUUGUGACACAGAAGACAGACAGGAGACAUCAAAUCCAAAUGACAAAAGCACAAAUGACCCAGAAACUGAACAGCCAAAAGCAGAAGAGGACACCCUCAAGUUCAGACAAGAAAUUGAAUCCACACACACACAAAGUGAUAUUUCACAUGGUCCAGUACCAGAGGUUCUUCAAAUUUCUAGAACAGAAAUGGACCAGAUAGCAGCAAAUACAGAAGAAGAUUAUAUUACAUUCAGACAGGGAACUGAACCCACAGACAGAGAAGCUGGUGUUUCUCAUGGUCCAGUAUCACAAGUUCUUGAAAUAUCUACAACAGAAAUUGACUUGUCGAAUCAGACACCUGAUGGAGCCCAGCCUGAAUCUAGGACACUACACAUGGUCAGUGACAACCAAAGUAGCACAGGGAUUGCAACAUUCUGUCAAUCCAUUCUGGAUGUUGAUCAACCCACACUGAAACCUGAUGGGCAACAGUCAGUGGAGUCUCCCAAAGCUGGAGAUAGAAAUGUGCUCAGUUCUGUCAGUCCCACUGACAAUGCCACAGACUCUAAAUCAAUAACAAAAAAAAGUGAAGAGGAUCUUGUGAAGUCACUGGACUGUCUAGAGGAAAUGCAGUUAUCCUCACUUAUAGAAUCGGUGCAACCAAGACAAGCUGAAAAUGUUUGUCCUCAGCAAGUCCAAAACCCUGCUGAUGUAGAAGAUUCCUGUGGAGAUGUAGAUGUGUCAUAUCAUCAAGCUUCUACAUUAUCAGACAGAGAUUCUAUAGAGGCAAUUGUUGUGCCAAACCAGGUAGUUCAUAUAAAAGAUCCUGAUGCCAUAACCAUUUCCUAUCAAGAACAUGCUGUGUCUGUAGUUCAGGACAGAGAAGAGAGACAACAGACAACUGGAAAUGACAAAAGCACAAAAGAACCAGACACUGAACAGGUCAAAGAAAAAGAUAGGCAUCGUUCCAAGCAUUCCGUUUCUGUUAAAAAAAGAAAGAAGAACAAGGGGUUGCUGAACACGGAUCAGACAGUUACUAAAGAAGACAGCAAGAUUGAAACAACAAUCUCCAAACAAAUGAGUGAACGCAGCCCUCUGCAUCAUCAGACAACUAGUGCAAGGCAUCUCGAUGCCAAAGACACAACACAGGGUGCAUUCACAGAAGAGGAUGUGCUGCAAAAUCAGGGAGUUGAUACAACAAAAGAUCUUGAAGGCAGGAGUGUUUCUUACCAGCUACAGACUAUAUCUACAGAUUGUGACAUAGAAGACAGACAAGAGACAGCAAACCCAACUGCCAAAAGCACAAAUGACCCAGAAACUGAACAGCCAAAAGCAGAAGAGGACACCCUCAAGUUCAGACAAGAAAUUGAAUCCACACACACACAAAGUGAUAUUUCACAUGGUCCAGUACCAGAGGUUCUUCCAAUUUCUAGAACAGAAAUAGACCAGAGAGCGGCAAAUACAGAAGAAGAUUAUAUUACAUUCAGACAGGGAACUGAACCCACAGACAGAGAAGCUGGUGUUUCUCAUGGUCCAGUAUCACAAGUUCUUGAAAUAUCUACAACAGAAAUUGACUUGUCGAAUCAGACACCUGAUGGAGCCCAGCCUGAAUCUAGGACACUACACAUGGACAGUGACAACCAAAGUAGCACAGGGAUUGUAACAGUCUGUCAAUCCAUUCUGGAUGUUGAUCAACCCACACUGAAACCUGAUGGGCAACAGUCAGUGGAGUCUCCCAAAGCUGGAGAUACCAAUGUGCUCAGUUCUGUCAGUCCCACUGACAAUGCCACAGACUCUAAAUCAAGAACAACAGAAAGUGAAGAGGAUCUUGUGAAGUCACUGGACUGUCUAGAGGAAAUCCAACUGACCUCACUUACAGAAUCAGUGCAAACAGGUCAGCCUGAAAAUGCUUAUUCUCAACAACUCCAAACCCCUGUUUGUGCAGGAAGUUCCACUGGAGAUGCAGAUUUGUCGAGUCAAAAAGCUUUGAUGUUAUCUGUCAGUCAUAUUACAGACAUGGAUGUGCUUCAAAAUCAGGAAGUUGAUACAAUGACAGAGAUUAAUGCUAGAUCUGUUUCCUACCAAAAAUCUCCCGCAUCUCCAGAUCAGCACCAACAACAGGGACAGGAAAGAGCAAUUCCAAAUGACAGAAAUGAACCAGAUACUGAACAGGUAAAAUCAGAAGAAGACUCUAUUGGGUUCAGACAGGGAACUGAACACACACAAGGAGAAGUUGAUUUUUCACAUGUUGCAGUAGCAAAUGUUCAUGAAAAUACUACAACAGACACUGACUUGUCUAAUCAGACACCUGUUGCAACCCAGCCUGAUUCCUGUAUGGUACACAUGGACAGUGACAACCAAUGUAGUCCUGAUACUUCAAAAGUUUAUACCAUCAUUCUGGAUGUUGAUCAACCUGUAUUAAAACCUGAGACGCACCAGUCAGCUGAUGAUAAUGAAUUUUGUCCUGAAAAGUCUACUGCUAAAUCAGUGGACUUUAAAUCAGAAAGAGGAAAAAGUAAUGAGGCUGUUGUGGAGUCACUGGACAGUCUAGAGGAAAUGCAAUUAACCUCACUUACAGAAUCGGUGCAACCAAGACAAGCUGAAAAUGUUUGUCCUCAGCAAGUCCAAAACCCUGCUGAUGUAGAAGAUUCCUGUGGAGGUGUAGAUGCGUCGUAUCUUCAAGCUUCUACAUUAUCAGACAGAGAUUCUAUAGAGGCAAUUGUUGUGCAAAACCAGGCAGUUCAUACAAAAGAUCCUGAUGCCAUAACCAUUUCCUAUCAAGAACAUGCUGUGUCUGUAGUUCAGGACAGAGAAGAGAGACAACAGACAUCAAUUGGAAAUGAGAAAAGCACAAAAGAACCGUACAGUGAACAGGUCAAAGAAAAAGACAACCAUCGUUCCAAGCAUUCUGUUUCUGUUAAAAAAAGGAAGAAGAACAAGGGGUUGCUGAACACGGAUCAGACAGUUACUAAAGAAGACAGCAAGAUUGAAACAACAAUCUCCAAACAAUUGAGUGAACGCAGCCCUCUGCAUCAUCAGACAACUAGUGCAAGGCAUCUCGAUGCCAAAGACACAACACAGGGUGCAUUCACAGAAGAGGAUGUGCUGCAAAAUCAGGGAGUUGAUACAACAAAAGAUCUUGAAGGCAGGAGUGUUUCUUACCAGCUACAGACUAUAUCUACAGAUUGUGACAUAGAAGACAGACAAGAGACAGCAAACCCAACUGCCAAAAGCACAAAUGACCCAGAAACUGAACAGCCAAAAGCAGAAGAGGACACCCUCAAGUUCAGACAAGAAAUUGAAUCCACACACACACAAAGUGAUAUUUCACAUGGUCCAGUACCAGAGGUUCUUCCAAUUUCUAGAACAGAAAUAGACCAGAGAGCGGCAAAUACAGAAGAAGAUUAUAUUACAUUCAGACAGGGAACUGAACCCACAGACAGAGAAGCUGGUGUUUCUCAUGGUCCAGUAUCACAAGUUCUUGAAAUAUCUACAACAGAAAUUGACUUGUCGAAUCAGACACCUGAUGGAGCCCAGCCUGAAUCUAGGACACUACACAUGGACAGUGACAACCAAAGUAGCACAGCGAUUGUAACAGUCUGUCAAUCCAUUCUGGAUGUUGAUCAACCCACACUGAAACCUGAUGGGCAACAGUCAGUGGAGUCUCCCAAAGCUGGAGAUACCAAUGUGCUCAGUUCUGUCAAUCCCACUGACAAUGCCACAGACUCUAAAUCAAGAACAACAGAAAGUGAAGAGGAUCUUGUGAAGUCACUGGACUGUCUAGAGGAAAUCCAACUGACCUCACUUACAGAAUCAGUGCAAACAGGUCAGCCUGAAAAUGCUUAUUCUCAACAACUCCAAACCCCUGUUUGUGCAGGAAGUUCCACUGGAGAUGCAGAUUUGUCGAGUCAAAAAGCUUUGAUGUUAUCUGUCAGUCAUAUUACAGACAUGGAUGUGCUUCAAAAUCAGGAAGUUGAUACAAUGACAGAGAUUAAUGCUAGAUCUGUUUCCUACCAAAAAUCUCCCGCAUCUCCAGAUCAGCACCAACAACAGGGACAGGAAAGAGCAAUUCCAAAUGACAGAAAUGAACCAGAUACUGAACAGGUAAAAUCAGAAGAAGACUCUAUUGGGUUCAGACAGAGAACUGAACACACACAAGGAGAAGUUGAUUUUUCACAUGUUGCAGUAGCAAAUGUUCAUGAAAAUACUACAACAGACACUGACUUGUCUAAUCAGACACCUGUUGCAACCCAGCCUGAUUCCUGUAUGGUACACAUGGACAGUGACAACCAAUGUAGUCCUGAUACUUCAAAAGUUUAUACCAUCAUUCUGGAUGUUGAUCAACCUGUAUUAAAACCUGAGACGCACCAGUCAGCUGAUGAUAAUGAAUUUGGUCCUGAAAAGUCUACUGCUAAAUCAGUGGACUUUAAAUCAGAAAGAGGAAAAAGUAAUGAGGCUGUUGUGGAGUCACUGGACAGUCUAGAGGAAAUGCAAUUAACCUCACUUACAGAAUCGGUGCAACCAAGACAAGCUGAAAAUGUUUGUCCUCAGCAAGUCCAAAACCCUGCUGAUGUAGAAGAUUCCUGUGGAGGUGUAGAUGCGUCGUAUCUUCAAGCUUCUACAUUAUCAGACAGAGAUUCUAUAGAGGCAAUUGUUGUGCAAAACCAGGCAGUUCAUACAAAAGAUCCUGAUGCCAUAACCAUUUCCUAUCAAGAACAUGCCGUGUCUGUAGUUCAGGACAGAGAAGAGAGACAACAGACAUCAAUUGGAAAUGAGAAAAGCACAAAAGAACCGGACACUGAACAGGUCAAAGAAAAAGACAGCCAUCGUUCCAAGCAUUCCGUUUCUGUUAAAAAAAGAAAGAAGAACAAGGGGUCGCUGAACACGGAUCAGACAGUUACUAAAGAAGACAGCAAGAUUGAAACAACAAUCUCCAAACAAUUGAGUGAACGCAGCCCUCUGCAUCAUCAGACAACUAGUGCAAGGCAUCUCGAUGCCAAAGACACAACACAGGGUGCAUUCACAGAAGAGGAUGUGCUGCAAAAUCAGGGAGUUGAUACAACAAAAGAUCUUGAAGGCAGGAGUGUUUCUUACCACCUACAGACUAUAUCUACAGAUUGUGACACAGAAGACAGACAAGAGACAGCAAACCCAACUGCCAAAAGCACAAAUGACCCAGAAACUGAACAGCCAAAAGCAGAAGAGGACACCCUCAAGUUCAGACAAGAAAUUGAAUCCACACACACACAAAGUGAUAUUUCACAUGGUCCAGUACCAGAGGUUCUUCCAAUUUCUAGAACAGAAAUAGACCAGAGAGCGGCAAAUACAGAAGAAGAUUAUAUUACAUUCAGACAGGGAACUGAACCCACAGACAGAGAAGCUGGUGUUUCUCAUGGUCCAGUAUCACAAGUUCUUGAAAUAUCUACAACAGAAAUUGACUUGUCGAAUCAGACACCUGAUGGAGCCCAGCCUGAAUCUAGGACACUACACAUGGACAGUGACAACCAAAGUAGCACAGGGAUUGUAACAGUCUGUCAAUCCAUUCUGGAUGUUGAUCAACCCACACUGAAACCUGAUGGGCAACAGUCAGUGGAGUCUCCCAAAGCUGGAGAUACCAAUGUGCUCAGUUCUGUCAGUCCCACUGACAGUGCCACAGACUCUAAAUCAAGAACAACAGAAAGUGAAGAGGAUCUUGUGAAGUCACUGGACUGUCUAGAGGAAAUCCAACUGACCUCACUUACAGAAUCAGUGCAAACAGGUCAGCCUGAAAAUGCUUAUUCUCAACAACUCCAAUCCUCUGUUUGUGCAGGAAGUUCCACUGGAGAUGCAGAUUUGUCGAGUCAAAAAGCUUUGAUGUUAUCUGUCAGGCAUAUUACAGACAUGGAUGUGCUGCAAAAUCAGGAAGUUGAUACAAUGACAGAGAUUAAUGCUAGAUCUGUUUCCUACCAAAAAUCUCCCGCAUCUCCAGAUCAGCACCAACAACAGGGACAGGAAAGAGCAAUUCCAAAUGACAGAAAUGAACCAGAUACUGAACAGGUAAAAUCAGAAGAAGACUCUAUUGGGUUCAGACAGAGAACUGAACACACACAAGGAGAAGUUGAUUUUUCACAUGUUGCAGUAGCAAAUGUUCAUGAAAAUACUACAACAGACACUGACUUGUCUAAUCAGACACCUGUUGCAACCCAGCCUGAUUCCUGUAUGGUACACAUGGACAGUGACAACCAAUGUAGUCCUGAUACUUCAAAAGUUUAUACCAUCAUUCUGGAUGUUGAUCAACCUGUAUUAAAACCUGAGACGCACCAGUCAGCUGAUGAUAAUGAAUUUGGUCCUGAAAAGUCUACUGCUAAAUCAGUGGACUUUAAAUCAGAAAGAGGAAAAAGUAAUGAGGCUGUUGUGGAGUCACUGGACAGUCUAGAGGAAAUGCAAUUAACCUCACUUACAGAAUCGGUGCAACCAAGACAAGCUGAAAAUGUUUGUCCUCAGCAAGUCCAAAACCCUGCUGAUGUAGAAGAUUCCUGUGGAGGUGUAGAUGCGUCGUAUCUUCAAGCUUCUACAUUAUCAGACAGAGAUUCUAUAGAGGCAAUUGUUGUGCAAAACCAGGCAGUUCAUACAAAAGAUCCUGAUGCCAUAACCAUUUCCUAUCAAGAACAUGCCGUGUCUGUAGUUCAGGACAGAGAAGAGAGACAACAGACAUCAAUUGGAAAUGAGAAAAGCACAAAAGAACCGGACACUGAACAGGUCAAAGAAAAAGACAGCCAUCGUUCCAAGCAUUCCGUUUCUGUUAAAAAAAGAAAGAAGAACAAGGGGUCGCUGAACACGGAUCAGACAGUUACUAAAGAAGACAGCAAGAUUGAAACAACAAUCUCCAAACAAUUGAGUGAACGCAGCCCUCUGCAUCAUCAGACAACUAGUGCAAGGCAUCUCGAUGCCAAAGACACAACACAGGGUGCAUUCACAGAAGAGGAUGUGCUGCAAAAUCAGGGAGUUGAUACAACAAAAGAUCUUGAAGGCAGGAGUGUUUCUUACCACCUACAGACUAUAUCUACAGAUUGUGACACAGAAGACAGACAAGAGACAGCAAACCCAACUGCCAAAAGCACAAAUGACCCAGAAACUGAACAGCCAAAAGCAGAAGAGGACACCCUCAAGUUCAGACAAGAAAUUGAAUCCACACACACACAAAGUGAUAUUUCACAUGGUCCAGUACCAGAGGUUCUUCCAAUUUCUAGAACAGAAAUAGACCAGAGAGCGGCAAAUACAGAAGAAGAUUAUAUUACAUUCAGACAGGGAACUGAACCCACAGACAGAGAAGCUGGUGUUUCUCAUGGUCCAGUAUCACAAGUUCUUGAAAUAUCUACAACAGAAAUUGACUUGUCGAAUCAGACACCUGAUGGAGCCCAGCCUGAAUCUAGGACACUACACAUGGACAGUGACAACCAAAGUAGCACAGGGAUUGUAACAGUCUGUCAAUCCAUUCUGGAUGUUGAUCAACCCACACUGAAACCUGAUGGGCAACAGUCAGUGGAGUCUCCCAAAGCUGGAGAUACCAAUGUGCUCAGUUCUGUCAGUCCCACUGACAGUGCCACAGACUCUAAAUCAAGAACAACAGAAAGUGAAGAGGAUCUUGUGAAGUCACUGGACUGUCUAGAGGAAAUCCAACUGACCUCACUUACAGAAUCAGUGCAAACAGGUCAGCCUGAAAAUGCUUAUUCUCAACAACUCCAAACCCCUGUUUGUGCAGGAAGUUCCACUGGAGAUGCAGAUUUGUCGAGUCAAAAAGCUUUGAUGUUAUCUGUCAGGCAUAUUACAGACAUGGAUGUGCUGCAAAAUCAGGAAGUUGAUACAAUGACAGAGAUUAAUGCUAGAUCUGUUUCCUACCAAAAAUCUCCCGCAUCUCCAGAUCAGCACCAACAACAGGGACAGGAAAGAGCAAUUCCAAAUGACAGAAAUGAACCAGAUACUGAACAGGUAAAAUUAGAAGAAGACUCUAUUGGGUUCAGACAGAGAACUGAACACACACAAGGAGAAGUUGAUUUUUCACAUGUUGCAGUAGCAAAUGUUCAUGAAAAUACUACAACAGACACUGACUUGUCUAAUCAGACACCUGUUGCAACCCAGCCUGAUUCCUGUAUGGUACACAUGGACAGUGACAACCAAUGUAGUCCUGAUACUUCAAAAGUUUAUACCAUCAUUCUGGAUGUUGAUCAACCUGUAUUAAAACCUGAGACGCACCAGUCAGCUGAUGAUAAUGAAUUUUGUCCUGAAAAGUCUACUGCUAAAUCAGUGGACUUUAAAUCAGAAAGAGGAAAAAGUAAUGAGGCUGUUGUGGAGUCACUGGACAGUCUAGAGGAAAUGCAAUUAACCUCACUUACAGAAUCGGUGCAACCAAGACAAGCUGAAAAUGUUUGUCCUCAGCAAGUCCAAAACCCUGCUGAUGUAGAAGAUUCCUGUGGAGAUGUAGAUGCGUCGUAUCUUCAAGCUUCUACAUUAUCAGACAGAGAUUCUAUAGAGGCAAUUGUUGUGCAAAACCAGGCAGUUCAUACAAAAGAUCCUGAUGCCAUAACCAUUUCCUAUCAAGAACAUGCUGUGUCUGUAGUUCAGGACAGAGAAGAGAGACAACAGACAUCAAUUGGAAAUGAGAAAAGCACAAAAGAACCGGACACUGAACAGGUCAAAGAAAAAGACAGCCAUCGUUCCAAGCAUUCCGUUUCUGUUAAAAAAAGGAAGAAGAACAAGGGGUUGCUGAACACGGAUCAGACAGUUACUAAAGAAGACAGCAAGAUUGAAACAACAAUCUCCAAACAAUUGAGUGAACGCAGCCCUCUGCAUCAUCAGACAACUAGUGCAAGGCAUCUCGAUGCCAAAGACACAACACAGGGUGCAUUCACAGAAGAGGAUGUGCUGCAAAAUCAGGGAGUUGAUACAACAAAAGAUCUUGAAGGCAGGAGUGUUUCUUACCAACUACAGACUAUAUCUACAGAUUGUGACACAGAAGACAGACAAGAGACAGCAAACCCAACUGCCAAAAGCACAAAUGACCCAGAAAGUGAACAGCCGAAAGCAGAAGAGGACACCCUCAAGUUCAGACAAGAAAUUGAAUCCACACACACACAAAGUGAUAUUUCACAUGGUCCAGAACCAGAGGUUCUUCAAAUUUCUAGAACAGAAAUAGACCAGAGAGCGGCAAAUACAGAAGAAGAUUAUAUUACAUUCAGACAGGGAACUGAACCCACAGACAGAGAAGCUGGUGUUUCUCAUGGUCCAGUAUCACAAGUUCUUGAAAUAUCUACAACAGAAAUUGACUUGUCGAAUCAGACACCUGAUGGAGCCCAGCCUGAAUCUAGGACACUACACAUGGACAGUGACAACCAAAGUAGCACAGGGAUUGCAACAGUCUGUCAAUCCAUUCUGGAUGUUGAUCAACCCACACUGAAACCUGAUGGGCAACAGUCAGUGGAGUCUCCCAAAGCUGGAGAUACCAAUGUGCUCAGUUCUGUCAAUCCCACUGACAAUGCCACAGACUCUAAAUCAAGAACAACAGAAAGUGAAGAGGAUCUUGUGAAGUCACUGGACUGUCAAGAGGAAAUCCAACUGACCUCACUUACAGAAUCAGUGCAAACAGGUCAGCCUGAAAAUGCUUAUUCUCAACAACUCCAAACCCCUGUUUGUGCAGGAAGUUCCACUGGAGAUGCAGAUUUGUCGAGUCAAAAAGCUUUGAUGUUAUCUGUCAGGCAUAUUACAGACAUGGAUGUGCUGCAAAAUCAGGAAGUUGAUACAAUGACAGAGAUUAAUGCUAGAUCUGUUUCCUACCAAAAAUCUCCCGCAUCUCCAGAUCAGCACCAACAACAGGGACAGGAAAGAGCAAUUCCAAAUGACAGAAAUGAACCAGAUACUGAACAGGUAAAAUCAGAAGAAGACUCUAUUGGGUUCAGACAGAGAACUGAACACACACAAGGAGAAGUUGAUUUUUCACAUGUUGCAGUAGCAAAUGUUCAUGAAAAUACUACAACAGACACUGACUUGUCUAAUCAGACACCUGUUGCAACCCAGCCUGAUUCCUGUAUGGUACACAUGGACAGUGACAACCAAUGUAGUCCUGAUACUUCAAAAGUUUAUACCAUCAUUCUGGAUGUUGAUCAACCUGUAUUAAAACCUGAGACGCACCAGUCAGCUGAUGAUAAUGAAUUUGGUCCUGAAAAGUCUACUGCUAAAUCAGUGGACUUUAAAUCAGAAAGAGGAAAAAGUAAUGAGGCUGUUGUGGAGUCACUGGACAGUCUAGAGGAAAUGCAAUUAACCUCACUUACAGAAUCGGUGCAACCAAGACAAGCUGAAAAUGUUUGUCCUCAGCAAGUCCAAAACCCUGCUGAUGUAGAAGAUUCCUGUGGAGAUGUAGAUGCGUCGUAUCUUCAAGCUUCUACAUUAUCAGACAGAGAUUCUAUAGAGGCAAUUGUUGUGCAAAACCAGGCAGUUCAUACAAAAGAUCCUGAUGCCAUAACCAUUUCCUAUCAAGAACAUGCUGUGUCUGUAGUUCAGGACAGAGAAGAGAGACAACAGACAUCAAUUGGAAAUGAGAAAAGCACAAAAGAACCGGACACUGAACAGGUCAAAGAAAAAGACAGCCAUCGUUCCAAGCAUUCCGUUUCUGUUAAAAAAAGGAAGAAGAACAAGGGGUUGCUGAACACGGAUCAGACAGUUACUAAAGAAGACAGCAAGAUUGAAACAACAAUCUCCAAACAAUUGAGUGAACGCAGCCCUCUGCAUCAUCAGACAACUAGUGCAAGGCAUCUCGAUGCCAAAGACACAACACAGGGUGCAUUCACAGAAGAGGAUGUGCUGCAAAAUCAGGGAGUUGAUACAACAAAAGAUCUUGAAGGCAGGAGUGUUUCUUACCAACUACAGACUAUAUCUACAGAUUGUGACACAGAAGACAGACAAGAGACAGCAAACCCAACUGCCAAAAGCACAAAUGACCCAGAAAGUGAACAGCCGAAAGCAGAAGAGGACACCCUCAAGUUCAGACAAGAAAUUGAAUCCACACACACACAAAGUGAUAUUUCACAUGGUCCAGAACCAGAGGUUCUUCAAAUUUCUAGAACAGAAAUAGACCAGAGAGCGGCAAAUACAGAAGAAGAUUAUAUUACAUUCAGACAGGGAACUGAACCCACAGACAGAGAAGCUGGUGUUUCUCAUGGUCCAGUAUCACAAGUUCUUGAAAUAUCUACAACAGAAAUUGACUUGUCGAAUCAGACACCUGAUGGAGCCCAGCCUGAAUCUAGGACACUACACAUGGACAGUGACAACCAAAGUAGCACAGGGAUUGCAACAGUCUGUCAAUCCAUUCUGGAUGUUGAUCAACCCACACUGAAACCUGAUGGGCAACAGUCAGUGGAGUCUCCCAAAGCUGGAGAUACCAAUGUGCUCAGUUCUGUCAAUCCCACUGACAAUGCCACAGACUCUAAAUCAAGAACAACAGAAAGUGAAGAGGAUCUUGUGAAGUCACUGGACUGUCAAGAGGAAAUCCAACUGACCUCACUUACAGAAUCAGUGCAAACAGGUCAGCCUGAAAAUGCUUAUUCUCAACAACUCCAAACCCCUGUUUGUGCAGGAAGUUCCACUGGAGAUGCAGAUUUGUCGAGUCAAAAAGCUUUGAUGUUAUCUGUCAGGCAUAUUACAGACAGGGAUGUGCUGCAAAAUCAGGAAGUUGAUACAAUGACAGAGAUUAAUGCUAGAUCUGUUUCCUACCAAAAAUCUCCCGCAUCUCCAGAUCAGCACCAACAACAGGGACAGGAAAGAGCAAUUCCAAAUGACAGAAAUGAACCAGAUACUGAACAGGUAAAAUCAGAAGAAGACUCUAUUGGGUUCAGACAGAGAACUGAACACACACAAGGAGAAGUUGAUUUUUCACAUGUUGCAGUAGCAAAUGUUCAUGAAAAUACUACAACAGACACUGACUUGUCUAAUCAGACACCUGUUGCAACCCAGCCUGAUUCCUGUAUGGUACACAUGGACAGUGACAACCAAUGUAGUCCUGAUACUUCAAAAGUUUAUACCAUCAUUCUGGAUGUUGAUCAACCUGUAUUAAAACCUGAGACGCACCAGUCAGCUGAUGAUAAUGAAUUUGGUCCUGAAAAGUCUACUGCUAAAUCAGUGGACUUUAAAUCAGAAAGAGGAAAAAGUAAUGAGGCUGUUGUGGAGUCACUGGACAGUCUAGAGGAAAUGCAAUUAACCUCACUUACAGAAUCGGUGCAACCAAGACAAGCUGAAAAUGUUUGUCCUCAGCAAGUCCAAAACCGUGCUGAUGUAGAAGAUUCCUGUGGAGGUGUAGAUGCGUCGUAUCUUCAAGCUUCUACAUUAUCAGACAGAGAUUCUAUAGAGGCAAUUGUUGUGCAAAACCAGGCAGUUCAUACAAAAGAUCCUGAUGCCAUAACCAUUUCCUAUCAAGAACAUGCCGUGUCUGUAGUUCAGGACAGAGAAGAGAGACAACAGACAUCAAUUGGAAAUGAGAAAAGCACAAAAGAACCGGACACUGAACAGGUCAAAGAAAAAGACAGCCAUCGUUCCAAGCAUUCCGUUUCUGUUAAAAAAAGAAAGAAGAACAAGGGGUCGCUGAACACGGAUCAGACAGUUACUAAAGAAGACAGCAAGAUUGAAACAACAAUCUCCAAACAAUUGAGUGAACGCAGCCCUCUGCAUCAUCAGACAACUAGUGCAAGGCAUCUCGAUGCCAAAGACACAACACAGGGUGCAUUCACAGAAGAGGAUGUGCUGCAAAAUCAGGGAGUUGAUACAACAAAAGAUCUUGAAGGCAGGAGUGUUUCUUACCACCUACAGACUAUAUCUACAGAUUGUGACACAGAAGACAGACAAGAGACAGCAAACCCAACUGCCAAAAGCACAAAUGACCCAGAAACUGAACAGCCAAAAGCAGAAGAGGACACCCUCAAGUUCAGACAAGAAAUUGAAUCCACACACACACAAAGUGAUAUUUCACAUGGUCCAGUACCAGAGGUUCUUCCAAUUUCUAGAACAGAAAUAGACCAGAGAGCGGCAAAUACAGAAGAAGAUUAUAUUACAUUCAGACAGGGAACUGAACCCACAGACAGAGAAGCUGGUGUUUCUCAUGGUCCAGUAUCACAAGUUCUUGAAAUAUCUACAACAGAAAUUGACUUGUCGAAUCAGACACCUGAUGGAGCCCAGCCUGAAUCUAGGACACUACACAUGGACAGUGACAACCAAAGUAGCACAGGGAUUGUAACAGUCUGUCAAUCCAUUCUGGAUGUUGAUCAACCCACACUGAAACCUGAUGGGCAACAGUCAGUGGAGUCUCCCAAAGCUGGAGAUACCAAUGUGCUCAGUUCUGUCAAUCCCACUGACAGUGCCACAGACUCUAAAUCAAGAACAACAGAAAGUGAAGAGGAUCUUGUGAAGUCACUGGACUGUCUAGAGGAAAUCCAACUGACCUCACUUACAGAAUCAGUGCAAACAGGUCAGCCUGAAAAUGCUUAUUCUCAACAACUCCAAACCCCUGUUUGUGCAGGAAGUUCCACUGGAGAUGCAGAUUUGUCGAGUCAAAAAGCUUUGAUGUUAUCUGUCAGGCAUAUUACAGACAUGGAUGUGCUGCAAAAUCAGGAAGUUGAUACAAUGACAGAGAUUAAUGCUAGAUCUGUUUCCUACCAAAAAUCUCCCGCAUCUCCAGAUCAGCACCAACAACAGGGACAGGAAAGAGCAAUUCCAAAUGACAGAAAUGAACCAGAUACUGAACAGGUAAAAUCAGAAGAAGACUCUAUUGGGUUCAGACAGAGAACUGAACACACACAAGGAGAAGUUGAUUUUUCACAUGUUGCAGUAGCAAAUGUUCAUGAAAAUACUACAACAGACACUGACUUGUCUAAUCAGACACCUGUUGCAACCCAGCCUGAUUCCUGUAUGGUACACAUGGACAGUGACAACCAAUGUAGUCCUGAUACUUCAAAAGUUUAUACCAUCAUUCUGGAUGUUGAUCAACCUGUAUUAAAACCUGAGACGCACCAGUCAGCUGAUGAUAAUGAAUUUGGUCCUGAAAAGUCUACUGCUAAAUCAGUGGACUUUAAAUCAGAAAGAGGAAAAAGUAAUGAGGCUGUUGUGGAGUCACUGGACAGUCUAGAGGAAAUGCAAUUAACCUCACUUACAGAAUCGGUGCAACCAAGACAAGCUGAAAAUGUUUGUCCUCAGCAAGUCCAAAACCCUGCUGAUGUAGAAGAUUCCUGUGGAGGUGUAGAUGCGUCGUAUCUUCAAGCUUCUACAUUAUCAGACAGAGAUUCUAUAGAGGCAAUUGUUGUGCAAAACCAGGCAGUUCAUACAAAAGAUCCUGAUGCCAUAACCAUUUCCUAUCAAGAACAUGCCGUGUCUGUAGUUCAGGACAGAGAAGAGAGACAACAGACAUCAAUUGGAAAUGAGAAAAGCACAAAAGAACCGUACAGUGAACAGGUCAAAGAAAAAGACAGCCAUCGUUCCAAGCAUUCCGUUUCUGUUAAAAAAAGGAAGAAGAACAAGGGGUCGCUGAACACGGAUCAGACAGUUACUAAAGAAGACAGCAAGAUUGAAACAACAAUCUCCAAACAAUUGAGUGAACGCAGCCCUCUGCAUCAUCAGACAACUAGUGCAAGGCAUCUCGAUGCCAAAGACACAACACAGGGUGCAUUCACAGAAGAGGAUGUGCUGCAAAAUCAGGGAGUUGAUACAACAAAAGAUCUUGAAGGCAGGAGUGUUUCUUACCAACUACAGACUAUAUCUACAGAUUGUGACACAGAAGACAGACAAGAGACAGCAAACCCAACUGCCAAAAGCACAAAUGACCCAGAAAGUGAACAGCCGAAAGCAGAAGAGGACACCCUCAAGUUCAGACAAGAAAUUGAAUCCACACACACACAAAGUGAUAUUUCACAUGGUCCAGAACCAGAGGUUCUUCAAAUUUCUAGAACAGAAGUAGACCAGAGAGCAGCAAAUACAGAAGAAGAUUAUAUUACAUUCAGACAGGGAACUGAACCCACACACAGAGAAGCUGGUGUUUCUCAUGGUCCAGUAUCACAAGUUCUUGAAAUGUCUACAACAGAAAUUGACUUGUCGAAUCAGACACCUGAUGGAGCCCAGCCUGAAUCUAGGACACUACACAUGGACAGUGACAACCAAAGUAGCACAGGGAUUGCAACAGUCUGUCAAUCCAUUCUGGAUGUUGAUCAACCCACACUGAAACCUGAUGGGCAACAGUCAGUGGAGUCUCCCAAAGCUGGAGAUACCAAUGUGCUCAGUUCUGUCAAUCCCACUGACAAUGCCACAGACUCUAAAUCAAGAACAACAGAAAGUGAAGAGGAUCUUGUGAAGUCACUGGACUGUCAAGAGGAAAUCCAACUGACCUCACUUACAGAAUCAGUGCAAACAGGUCAGCCUGAAAAUGCUUAUUCUCAACAACUCCAAUCCUCUGUUUUUGCUGAACAUUACACUGGAGAUGCAGAUUUGAUAAGUCCUCAAGCUUCUACAUUUUCCAAAAAGGAUAUGAGGGACAUGAAUGUGCUGCAAAAUCAAGAACUUAACACAACAAAAUUGAUUAAUUCCAAAUCUGUUUCCUACCAACAAAACACUGUAUCUUUAGAUCAGGACAGAGAGGACAGACAAGAGACCACAAACCUAGAUGACAACACUGAGCCAGACAAUGAAGAUGCAAAAUCAGAACAUGAUUAUAUAUCCAGACUGGGAACUGAUACAGCACCCAGAGACACUGAUAUUUCACCUUGUCCAGUUACAGAGGUUCUUCAGUCAGAAACUGACUUGUCAAAUCAGAUACCUGAUGCAAACAAGUUUGAAUCUAAUAUGCCAUGCAUGAAGAGUGAAACUGAAAGUAGACCUGGGACUGAUAAUGUCUGUUCUAUCAUUCUGGAUGUUGAUCUGCCCAUGCUGAAACCUGACGGGCAGGAGUCUAUGGAGUUUCCUAAAGCUGGAGAUGCUAAUGAAUUCAGUUCAAAUUCCACUGCUAAUGCAAACUACUCUAGAUCAGGAACAACAAAAAGUAAGGAGGAUCUUAUGAAGUCAUUAGACAGUGUUGUAGAAAGUCAGACUGGAAAUGAUCAUUCACAAUCCCAAACCUCUGUAGAUCCAGAAAGUUCCUUUGGAGAUGCAAAUGUGCCAGGUGAUCAAGAUUGUAUGGUGCUAUGCAAGGAUAUUACAGAAGUACAUGUUCUGCAUACUGAGGGUGUUGUUACAAUAGAAGAGCAUGACGCCACUAGUAAAAUUAUUAGGGCGACGAAAAAUUAUUUGGGCGGGGAAGACUGGCAAGAAACCAAAAAUAUAAAUGAAGCGCACACUGAACUAGUAAAAGGAGGAGAUAAUGAGUGUCUGAAGCUUCCCAGUGCUAUAAAGGGAAAGAAGAAGAGGUCUUCAAACUCAGAUCAGACAAAUGAUGAUGAAGAAAAAAGGAAGACUGAGACAUCUACUUCCAAACAAAUGAAUGAAGGCAGCUUUCUGCAUUAUCAGACAACUACCACAAGGCAUGCAAAUGCCCCUGACACAACACUGAGCACAUCCACAGAAUAUAUUCAGAAAGAUACUCCAAAAUCAAUGAAUGUCUUUAGUUUAGAUGGGAAAGCGGUGGAUGCUAUAGAAAUCAGAGAUGACUUUGAUUCCCCAGAGAAUACAGAUAGACAGCUGAGUGAUACAAGUACUGCCCUUGUAUGUACUAGCCAUGCCAGUGCCAUAGGCAGUCAUUCUACUUAUAUAAAAUCAACAGACUUUAAGUGCACCAUUGGGAAGCAAGUUUCUAAUUCAGGGGACAUUUCAGAGACAUCCAGAACUGAGACUGAGUCAACGAUAACCACUGCAGUACCAUUACAGCUUGAGUUCAGCAUCCAUGCAAAAGCAGGCUCAAAGGAGCAGGCUGAGGAUCCGGAUAGCAAUGACUGCUUACAGCCAGAAGAAAUGUCCAAAGCCAAUACAAAGGUGUCUGGAAGUGAAGGAGAUGAAUGUGAACAUUUCAAGGACAGCAGCAAGAAAACGAGGACAGCAAACCAGCCUGCCCAAGCAUCAGCACUGGCCACCUUAUUGGAUAUCAGCACAAAUGUUCACACUGUAAUGGAUACCUGUGAUGUUCCCACAGGAUAUAAGCCUAGGGAGAUAACCUCACUUCUAGAGUCACCACUUACAGAAUUGGAGAACCAACUAGGAAGGGCUGUUCUUAGUAUUCUGAAAUGUCGAUAUCAGCCAGCCCAGCUUAGCACUGAACUAAUGAGCAAGCAGCUUCAGGAAGCAGAGAGGUGUAGACAGUAUGUUGGGGAGCAGAUGGCUUCACAGUCUCAAUGUGGAGGCUCUGGUUUCUCCCAGGUUAACCAAAGUAUGGUGGAGAGAUGGAGUUCAGCAAUGUUGGAUGCUACAGCCACAGUACAGGUGAAAGAGGCCCAGCUCCAACAGGUCACAAAAUAUCACCAACAAAUACAGGCCCUCCAAGAUGUACUUCAGGAACUGGAGGAAGAGUUGGAUUCACUGAGCCUAGUUUCUUUGGAAAGCAGUGCUGUUCAAGCAAAAAACCUGUGUGCAUUCCUCGAGCACAUGAAGCAGAAGAAGAGCAUGCUGGAAGAACUGAUGACCACAUGUUGUCAUGUGUCACCCUAUUUAGGAGAGGCUGAUGGUCCAGUGGCAUGCCUCAUCCAGGUUAAGAAUUUGCAGAAAAAGUGGCAGAUUUUGGAGUGGACAGCAGAGAGAAGCUUAAGGCAUGCCAACCAUUGUAUGUCAGAAGUGUCUAUACUAAUGAAGGAUGCUAAGGCCCUUCUGGUUGAAGUAGAGCUUCUGCACACAGCUUCUUCCUCACCUUCGACACAGAUAAAAGACUGCCAAAGGGCCAUACACAAUAUGAUAACAUUCUUUCAGUUUGUGGAAAUAAAUGAACGAUACCUAUACCUCCAUGAGCUCUCACAGGCUCUUUUCCAGUGUCCACUAGGGGAGAAAGAGAAGGAAGACAUCAGCAAUGUUUUCCAAAAUCUGAAAGCUCAAUUGGAUUGUGCUCAGGAGAAACUUUGUAUUAAUGCUACCUGUCCCAGAGACCACUUUCUGGCAGAAAUCACUGAUGCUAUGAAAAGCUGGUUUGCUUGGGCAACACAAACAGAGAGUACAAUCACCAGGAAAAAGAAGUUAUCUCUUUUUCCUGAGGAAGCCAGUCAGCAGGUUAACAGCAUGAAAAAAUUGCAGUCAGAAAUAUCCUCCAGGCAAUUAAAAUUGCCCUCUGUGGUUAUGAAAAUAAAACAGGAGAUUGCAGGACUUAGCCAGGUGGAGUCUUCUCUUAUGUUAUCUGCACUCCAGACCUUAGAGAACAUCUACAGUAAGAUCUCAGAGAAGGCAGAUCGUGUUUGUGCAGAUCUGAACCAAAUGUUGCAUGCUAGACAGAGACUGGACAUUCAGAUUACAGACAAUAGCACAUGGCUGGCCUCACUCUUCGAGAAAGAGUCCAAUAAAGCUGCAGCAAUCCUGCUUGGAAGCUCUAUCACAGACUUGCGAGUCUGCCAUCAAAAGCACAAAGCUACUUUAAAAGAAGCUGAGAAGCGGCUAUCUACCAUUCAGACACUUCUGGAUAACACAAAGGACAUGAUUCAUGAUCUUAGUAUUAUAGACAGUUUCCAUCUUAUCAACAGACUUACCACCUUACAAGAAGAGAUCAACGGGGUUGUAAAAUAUAAGCGAACCACAUGUUGGGAACUAGAGGAGAUCUUGCAUGCCCAGGAAUCUUCCACAGAAGAAUUUGCUACCAUCCAGAAGAGUUUACGUCAAAUAAAAACUGACCUUGAGAAGCAAAGAUAUCCUGUAACACGAGACUCAGUUGCCGCUUUUGACCCUAUAAGACGUAUGCUGAUGGAUCAUCUUUCUCAAGUGCUGGAAGUUCCGCAUUGCCAGGAGAACCAGAGGAAAGAACUUCUACGGACCAUUCUGAACUUACAGGAGAACAUGAGGGUGCUGGACUGGCAGAGCAUGGAACAUGAAGAAUAUCUGACAUCCAAAAAGCAUUUGGGAACCCACUUUGAGGCAGUGAAGAUGAGAGUUCUUGAGAUGUCAGAUAGCAGCAGAAAUACUGAUAAACGACUCCUUAUGGCUCAAACCCUGCUAGUGAAGAUACCCCUGGUGAAGAUAUCCUUACAGAAGACAGAAGAGCAACUGGAGGCAAUUUCUGGUGACCUCUUCCCAUCACAGUUGAACUCAGAGAGGCAAAAGAUUCGCAGCAUGCUGCAAAGUCUUACUGCCUGGGAAAGUAUUGUUAGCAGUGAAGUUAAAAACCAGGAGGACUGCCUAUUUACUAGCAGCCUUAACAAUCUAAGAGACCUGACUCCAUUAACUGAACACUUUAUGAGAGUUGAAGAACUGCUAAAGCAGAACAGCUGCUUGGAUCCAAGUGACCAGGCCAUUACCAUAGCACUACAAACAUGCUUGACACUUGAGAGGUCAGUGGCAUCUGGACUGCGAAUUUUGGAGAGUUGCAAAGACUGUACAGCUAUUGAAGGCCAUGGAAAAACCACUAACAUAGGAAGAAGAAUUUUGAAAGACUGUAAAAUGCAGAUGGAAAACCUUCUCGAGGCUAAGGAGGCCCUGAAAGAAUAUCACAGUGCUGUCCGACGAGCUGUUGGUUUCCUUCAACAGAUUGAAACUAAACUUUUGCUUCCAUCUGCCAGCUUCAAAGACUCUAAAGAAGAAUUUAACUAUACUGAACAACUUAAAACUAGUCUGACAAAAGGAUUCCAGGAUCACAUGAAUGAAUUACAGGCCAUAUUGCCCUCACAAGUGUGUUUUUCUCCGCAAACUGAGAAGCUCCAUAUCCAGGUUGUCAGCUACCUCCACGUGACUGAUGCCAAAUUGGAAGCACAAGCUCAGCUCAAAUUGGAAGCCCUUCAGCGGUACUUAAUGGAACAGUCCACCUACACUAAACAGCAUGAUGACAUGAACUGCCUUCUUCGAAACUUUGAUUUCCAACUUUCAGACAGCUUCAGUCACAAACCGAUUUCUGUAGAUGAGUGCAAAGACCAGCUUGAAAAAAUCAACGCGCUUCAGGAGGAGCUAGUUAACAUGGGUACAAGGCUGGAGGAGCUGAAAGACAAAUGCCCAUUGCUGAACUGUAAUGUAGGUGCAGAGAAGUCACUGGGACAACUACACAUGCAUUGGGCCUUGCUGCAGCAGCGGCUGGACACACUCAAAUCCAGAGUAGCCCAUACAGAAACACAGUUGAAGGAAAUUAUGUUAAGAACCAAGAGAUCCAGGGACACUCUUGAUCAUCUUCAACAUAGCAUCUCUGAGAUCUCCAAAAUGAAGGGAUCUCUCGGGAAGCUUCAAGAGAUGCUGGGACAAACCGAACAGCUCCAAAAUGAGCUGGACCAAGAGCGACUCAUUUUAGUCUCUCUUCAACGCUAUGCAUCACGACUGCCGAGUGCCUCAAACCUUCAUAACACGCCUAGUCAGAUAAGCCAGGAACUGCAAUCACUUCUGAGUCGUUGUCAAAGCUUAAGAGAACAGAGCAGUGAGGUGAGACAUGACCUGCUCUCUGAGAUCCAGGAGUGCGGUCGCUCUCAGGAGGAAUUGAAGGGAUUGCAGCAGAGCGUUCUCUCUCUGCUGUCUGUCCUGCAGGGCCAGUCAGAUCCCAGUCAUAUACGGGAGGUUAGAGCAGAGGUAGACUCUAUGAAAGUCAGACUGCAGGAAAUUAUGGACAGGGUGAGGAUGAGGAUGAGGAACAAUGACCCACCUCAAGAGAUCCAGAAUCUAUAUGACCAAGUCACUCUGUCCCUGAAGGAAAUUAAGGACAAGGUGGGACAGGCUAUGGAGAGAAGUGGCUCUCUUCAGAAAAUGAAUGAGCAUGUGUACAAAGUGACUGAGGGAUUAAGCCACGUCAAGGCCUUGCUGCAGCAGAAGAGUCCCACUGUAAAAGAAGCUGAGAGCAUACUGAAGCGGGUAUGGGAUGAAUUGGACCAGUGGCACUCACGGAUCACUGAGCUAGAGGCAGAGGUUCAGGAGCUGGCUGAGGAGCAGCCUGAGAGAGCUCACAUACUGAUGGAUGAACUCACCGAACCCCUGCAGCUCUACCAGGCUGUAGCCAAGCAGGCAGAGCAGAGGACUGCCUUCAUUAACAGAAUACCUACAUGCCUCCAAGAGUAUGAGGACAUUCUGCGUAACUCUACAUGCUGGCUGGCUGAGACUCAGUCCUGGCUAAAGACUCCUCAGACCUACACGACUGCCAAAUGUCUGCACAGCCAUGCCAACUCCCUACAGAUGAUGCUGGAUGAGUCAGAACGUAUGCAAAGGACUCUGGAGGCUUUUGGGCCUUCACUCCAGGAGAUAUCAGCUGUAUAUGACACCAGUACCGAGGAGCAGAAUCUUUUCCAAAUCCGCACCAACAUUAGCCACAUGCAGCGCAGUGUUCUCGAGCCACUUUCUCAGCUCCAGCAUGCAGCAGCAGAGAUGGAUGCAAUUGAAGCAGAGGUGAAGACGAUGGAGAAGAGUAUCAUGAAGAUCAGAAGCAUCUUAUCUACUGUAGAGACAGAGCACAUACCCCCAGAGGAGCAUCUUCUAAACAGACAGGUAAUCCUAGAAAACCUGCAAGCCAUGCAAAGGACCUUAGCUGAGAUUGAGAGGUGCAGGGAUGGCCUGGGUCUGCCUACAGGAGCCGAACUCAGUCUCUCAGUCUUCCACAGAGCCGAGCAGCUUUAUCCCCAUAUCAAUGAGCUCCAGCAGCUCACUGAGGAGCAAAGCACUGCAUUCAGGGCUGCUCUUGGUCACUCUGUGGAUCUUAUCUCUCCCACUGAUGGAGGAAUGGUGUCCAGUCCUGCCCUUCACUGCUCUGAGGGUGUGAUGCAGGUGCCUAUGGACACAACAUACUCAAAGGAAGAGGAUGAUGAUGAUUAUGAGGAUGAAGGCAGUCACUCUUCGUCCUCUGAGACUCUCACUUGCAGUGGUCCAGAGGACCCAGAUGAAAUUUCAUUGGGUGAAGAUCCUGGUGAAACCAGUGCUACCACUGUAGUCCAAGUGUCUGUCGCUAAGGAAUCUUUACUUGGAGCAACAGAAAGGCCAGUGGAGACCAAACUAGAAAGUGUUACUUUACUUACACAGCGUCAAACUAUUUCAAAUACAACAAACAGCAGGUCAGCUGAUGAUGAUACAACUCAUGUACCUGUGAUAACUCCAGAGAUGUUAUUACCACUAACAGUUGAUCCUGCUGUGCAACUUAAAAUACCAACCAAAGAAACUGAGGACAUUAACUACACAGAAACAACAGAGAUGCCAGAAGGAGUGACACAUAAAAAUGAACUACAACCAGAGCAGAUAGGGACAUCUGCUGUAAAGCAUGGACAGGUUUGUAAAAACGACAGUGUUGUGGACAUGAGGACUGAGUCCGGCAUUCACGAAAUAUUAACUGAGCAAGUCGAAGAGUCCAGAUCCAAACCUACUGAGGAAGAAAACAUUAUAUGUGUGGACCAUAAGGCAAUUGAGACUACAGUCUCUACACUGGACACAGACACUGUAUCUCAGAAGGCCAAAGCACUGGACUCAGAUGAGUCUCCAGUGGAUGAAGCUCCUGCUGAAACCACCGCUGCCACUGUGGUCCAAGCAUCUGUCACUAAGGACUCUCCUCCUAAAGAAAUGGAAAAGUCAGUGGAGUCUGUACCUUUGAAAACUGAGACUAAACCUGAAAAUGGUACUUCAUCUAGACGUGAGUCAGUUGCUAACGAUGCUGGUCCUGUAUCUGCUACUGUUUGUCCACAAUAUCUUGAUGCAUCAAUACCUCUGACAACUGAUCCUGCUGUGCAACUUAACAUACCAACUCAAAUAACUGGUAAAGAGACUGAGGAAACACUGAAGGACAUCAAACCAGCACUAAAACCAGAGCAGACUGGGGCAUCUACUGUCACACCUGGACUAGUUAGAAAAGACAAGGAGAUUGUAGACAUGGAGUCAGACCUUCAGGAAAUGUUGGAAAAGUCCAAAUUCAAACCUAUAGAGAAAGAAUCUACAGUCAGUGAAGACCAACAGAGAGCUGUCUCCUUCUUGGCUGCAGUGCCAAUAUUGGACACAAACACUACUCCUCCGGAGGAUACAGUGCUGCAGGAGGUGCAGAAGGAGCCACAAGAGCAGAGAGAUCUGAUAGAGGACAUUGCUCGCCAGAGCAGUAGCUCUGAUCUGGAGCAGGAGAACCAGACACAGUCUCAGAAACCAACAGGAUCCAUUGGUGGGAGUCUGUAUGUUCCUCAGCAGCCAGCGGAGAUGGAAGUGACCUGGGUCCAGCUUCUUCCGAGACUAGACCUUCUGCUUGACUCAAUAAACACUGAGCAGGACAGAACUAGAUCAGAGGUGAAAAGUAAAGCUGAGGAUGAAGUGGUUAGUGAUGCUGGAUCUUCUAUCACCCAGGAAAUGAAUGGGCAUACUAAGCGACUUCAGAUUAUCAAUCAUAAGAGACUCACCCUGGCCACUCCAGCUGGUAUUGUUCAGUCUGAGCUGUGUGAGGCCUUGACUGAUCUGAGUCACUCACUCUUCAGAAUCACACACACACUUCAGUCUCCAUCAGAGAUGAAUAGAGAAACCAGCCAGCUUCAUCUGCUCAAUAAUAAGUGUCUGUCAACACAGCUGGCUUCUUUAAGCAGUAUGAUAAGCAGUAUGGGCCCAGAAAUCACUGCCUCUGAGGUCUCAGAUGCAACUUCCUGUCUAGAGCGCGUCAGUAGCUGCAUAUCCUCCAUUCAGAGAGCCUUGUCAUCACAAAUGGAGCUGCUGAGUAGGCAGCUAGGGAAUACUCCACAGCUUCAGAUUGCAGAGCAGCUGCUUGAAAGUCCAGUAUCUGUACUGGAGGCCAAAGGAGCGCAGCAUAGUAAAUCAACCAGCUUCAGUCGAGAGCUGUCCAGCCUACAGGGUGUGCAGGGUAAGGUGUGGUGUUCCAUGCGAAAGGACAAGAGGACAGGACAAGAGGUUUCAGCACUACACCGCUGCUAUCAGGCUAAUCUACAGGGCCUGAGGGAUCUGUUGGAGCUGGGCUCCGAGCGACUUCAACACAGCCAGGUCAUGCAUCAGCACAGCUGCAGCCAACUCCAGAGCCUUCUCAGAGGACACAAGAGGUACUUCAAGGAGUUGAGAUGGUACCAUGCGAUGAUCCAGCAUUUAUCCAAGCAGAUACCAGAAGGACCACUGCAAGAUCAAGAAGUUGAGCAGUUGGUGUCAGAGAUGGUUCUUCAGGCUUUAGGACAAGGAGUUCACAUACAGCACAACUUAGAGGAAUGUGCUCGGUUUGAAGAGAUGAGAGUGAAACUGAGGAGGCAGCUUGAAGAGCUGGAGGCAGCAAUGCCCAGUAAUGACCUGAACUCAGAAACUGAAACACACCUACAAGACCGACUGCAGGCUUACCAGCGGCUGCAAAGGCUCCUUGAGGACUACAGGCCCCAGCUGGAGCUGCUGCAAGCCCUGGUUUUGUUUCCUGAGAGAGUGAACCACACUGGUCCAAUUUCAGAGCUUCAGACUAACUGGCUAGCUCUCCACAGACAGCUGGAACAGGAGAUCCAACGCACAAAGGAGAUGCAAGUCAGCUAUGACAGGUUUCGGUCUAAUUCUUCUGAACUAGAAGUGUGGAUGGCUUCUGCACUUGCAAAUGUGCUCAUGUGGAACAAUCUCUGUGAUCCUAAUCCACUGGAUUCAGAAUUUCUUCUAUCAAAUAUCAUGAACUUCUUUAAGGAGCUGGAAAGUAGGUCUGUACAGAAGGCCACUGCAGUGAGAGCAGGUACGCAGGUCCUGCAACUGACAGACACAGAGGCUCCUGAACUACGGCAACAUUUGUUUCAGCUUGAGCAAGACUGGACAGAGCUCACUAAUGCUGCACCUUCUGUUCAGCACACACUGCAGCAGCUGCUAACUGGUAUAGGCCAGAGUGAGGUCAGGGCUUAUCUGUCUGCCUGGCUGGAGAAAAUGAAGAGCAGACUGGAAGAGGAGAGCUCCAGAGAGUAUCAAGUCCAGAAUUCUACCGAACUCUCCAUGCUUCUACAGCGUCUGAUGGACUGUAAAGCAGAAAUGACAAGCCGGCAGCCGUGUAUAGACUUCCUCAACCACUCGGUAGAAGAGACAGGCUUUGUGGAUGACGCAGCCAAUCGUAAUCAGCGUUUGACCCUUGCUGAGCAAUUGGGUGCCCUCAAUCUCGAUUGGGUCCUUCUACAGAGAAAGAUUGACAUCAAGAUGCGAGAAAUAGAGCACAAAAAGCAGGACUGUGCACAGAGAGAGGGACGUCUGCAGCAACUCCGCAGUUGGAUCUCAGUGCAGGAAAAGAAGAUGAGAGUGAAUGAGAGGCCAGCUGGCUGGACACAGAUACAGCAAGCUUUAAAGGAUUCUGAGGAGGAGGAGGAAAAGUUCAAUCUAAAAUCCACUGAGCUGCUGCAGUUGAGAACUCUAAACAUGUUAGGGCUGAAGGAUGGACAGCACCCAGGAGAUCAGACAUUCUCCUCGCAGGUGGAGAGCACCAGUGAACAGUGCCAGACUCUACGGCAACAGAUGAGUGCUGUUCGGGCUGUUCUGGUCAGGCUGAAGGAGCAGUGGGUGCAGUUGGAUUCAGCACUAAGGGAUGCAGCCCUGCACACUGUCAGCAUGACCUGUAAGCUGGAGUGCAGCAAGAUCCCCAUGUUGUCACUCCAGCAGAGCAAAGAACAUGUAGAUCAGCUUCAGGAGCUUCAGAUGGAGGGAGAACAAUCAGAGCAGACUUGGACAAACUUGGCCCGUCUAUUUUUAGAACUGAAAGACAAAAUCCACCCUGCUGCUGCUGUACUUCUGUCUAAUGAAUUGGAUAAAGGGAAAGCACGGUGGGCAGCUGUGGUUCGUGACGUCAGUUUGGAGCUGCAGAAGGCACAAAUGAAGCUGCGUCUCUGGCAGGAAUACAGGCUGCUAUAUGAGGGCUGCUCUGAGCAUUUGACCCAUUACUGGGAGCAGUGUGAGGCUUUUCUGAGCCUUCCAAAUAAACAGGAGUAUGACAGAGAGCUGCUUCACAGCAGGAUCAACAACAUCAGCGAGUUUGAGGACAAACUGGAAGCAUUGCGGGCCAAUGUUGGAAACGUAAUAGAGGCUUCUAAGCUUCUCAUGGUACAGUUAGAGCCCCAAGCAACCCCUAUGAUCCAAUCAGAGGCCAGGCUUCUCUCAUGUGAUCUUGUGCAUCUGAGCCAAGCACUAGUUAAAACACGGGAACAACUCCAGGAGGAGCUGGAAGAUCGUGUCUGUUUCAGUACUGAUUUGGGAUCAUUAAUGCAGUGUCUCAAAAGAUCUGAAAGUGUGUUGACCUCCCCCACUUCAAGCAUUGAGCACCUAAAGCUGGCUCUUUUGGAGUUGAGUUCUCUGACCCCUGCCCUCGGAGCUCUGAAUCGGCGGAGCCUCAGAUUAUCACUUACUGCUUCUGAGGCUGAACAGCUGCAGGUCCUCAAUACGAACUGGGUACAGGUCUUCACCCAGGCCAUGAACAGGCACAGGGAAAUGUAUAGUGCACAGUUGUGUGAUCAGACCUUCCAGCAGAAGUACCAAGCUUGGAUGCUUCUACUGGAGAAAUUGGAAUCCGAGCUCUCAAAUGGCAUUUCUGGAAAUGAUUUUUCUGUGAGAGAACAGCUUGCUGUACACCAGAAGCUGAAGAUGGAAGUGCUGAUUGGCCAGCAGCUCCUGGAUGCUGUGGUCAGUGAGGAAUUGGGGCAUUUGGAUGAAAGUCAGGUAGAAGACAGGAAAGAUCAGAGGUUGACCCAGUUGAAGGAGCGAUGGCAGCGAACACUGAGUAGGGUUCAACAGCGUAGCAGGUGCCUAGAGCAGCAAACUGAACAAUGGAGACUGUAUAGGACAGGCCUGAAAAGACUUUGGAGACUUCUGAAGAACUUAGAACCUUUACUGUCACCUGCUGGAUUGGCACCUUGCCGCUUUCAACAGCUUCAACAGUCCAUUCAGGACUAUGAGCAGGCUCAGGAGAAGCUGAGCGAUCAUGAGGAACUCUACACCCAGACUGUGCAGGUGUACAGACAGAUCUUACCCCUUGCAGAUGUCCAGACACAAGCUGAGCUGAAGGCCGAAAUUGGGGCUUUGCAGGAAGCCUGGGAGCAAAGUAACGGUCUGGUUGAGAAGAGGAAGGCUCUCUCGGAAACUGUCAUUAAGAGCUGGAGUUGCUGUGAGGAUGGACUUGCUGAUAGCGCACUCCAUCUGAGAGAGAUUGCUGUCAGACUAAAGCAGCUGCCACCAGACAACAUAGAGCUUCAGGAGGAGCUCUUCAAGGAGGACGAGAACUCUUUGGAGCUGUGGGCUGGAGGAUUGAAGAAGCUGGUCGCUAUGAAGACGGACAUCUCGCAGUAUGUGCUACCCACAGACACGGUGCUUCUCCAGGGACAGUUGGAGGAACUGCACAGCCAGUGGGAAGAACUUUGCCUGAAGGUGUCCAAGCGCAAACAAGAGAUUGCUGACCGCCUGAAUGCAUGGACCAUUUUCAAGGACAAACACAAGGAGCUUUGUGAGUGGUUAGCACAGAUGGAGAGAAAGGUUAUGCACAGCAGUGAUUACUUCAGCAUCGAGGAGAUGGUUGAGAAACUGAAAAAGGACUGCAUGGAGGAGAUUAACCUCUUCAGCGAGAAUAAGAGCCAUCUUAAGCGGCUGGGGGAGCAGCUCCUUUUAGCCAGCGACCAAGCCAAAGAGGCCAACAUCCAUGGUGUACUGCAAGAUGUCAAUGACCGUUGGCAGCAUCUGUUUGACCAGAUUGAAGCCAGAGUGAACAAGCUGAAAGAUACGCUGGCCGCUGUGCAGCAACUAGAUAAGAACAUGAGUAACCUGCGGAGCUGGCUGUCCCGCAUCGAGGCGGAGCUGACCAAGCCUGUACACUACAGCACGUGCAAUGGAGAAGAAAUCCAGAAGAGACUGGAAGAGCAGCAGGAGCUGCAGAAGGACAUUGUGCAGCACACAGAGGGCAUAACAUCUGUCCUCACUUUGUGUGACAUGCUGCUACACGAUGAGGAUGCCUGUAGCAACAACAGUGAAAAUGAUUCCAUCCAGCAGACCACUCACAGUCUGGACCAGCGCUGGAGAAACAUCUGCUCCAUGUCCUUAGAGAGGAAGAUCAGGAUUGAGGAGACAUGGAGGCUGUGGUGUAAGUUUCAGGACGAUUAUUCGCAAUUUGAAGACUGGCUAAACGUAGCUGAGCAAACUGCUGCUGAACCCGAGUCAUCUGAUGUUCUUUACACCGUGGCUAAAGAGGAGCUCAAGAGAUAUGAGGCAUUCCAGAGAGAGAUACAUGAAAAGCUGGCCCAACUAGAAAUGAUUAAUAGCCAUUACCGACGACUGGCCCGGGAGAACCGCACUGACUCAGCUAACAGGCUGCGAACCAUGGUGCACCAGGGCAACCAGCGCUGGGACUCUCUGCAUAAGAGAGUGGCAGCCAUACUGCGCAGGCUGAGGCACUUUACAGCUCAGAGAGAUGAUUUUGAAGGGACACGGGAGAACCUGCUGGUCUGGCUGACUGAGAUGGACUUGCAACUUACCAAUGUAGAGCACUUCUCAGAGAGCGACAUCGAACACAAGCUGAAAAAGCUCAAAGGUCUCAAGAAGAAGAUAACUCAGAACACAGAUAAGAUCGAUGCUCUGAUUGUGUUUGGCGAGGGUCUGAUUCAGAGAAGUGCUCCCGAGGAUGCUGCGCUUAUAGAGGAUGAGCUCGAAAACCUGCAUUCCUACUGCCAGGAAGUGUUCAGCCGAGUGGGCUGCUUCCACCAGCGCCUCACCAGCCCUCAGCAUCUGUUGGACAAACCCGAGCUCUGUAUCAGCGAAAGACCUGCAGGGAUGGAAGAUUCUGAUGUAGCAGAACAAACCCAUGACAUAGCCACCAGCCAGGCCUCCAUGUCCCUCCUGGUUCCCCCACAGGAACGGUCAGGCUGCGAGACACCACUGAGUGUCGACUCCAUCCCCCUGGAGUGGGACCACACUGGAGAUGUGGGUGGUUCCUCCUCACAUGAGGAGGAUGAUGAUGCAAGCUUCUUCAGCUGCCUCUCAGGUGUGGAGGUCACAGAGAGCUCUGAGGCUUUUGUAAACUUCACAGUGCAAUCUCUUACAGUGACCUCGGCACCAGGACGAGAUGUGGAAGCUCAGAGCUGGCACUCACAAGCUGUUCCAGAUAAAAUCCUCUUUCCCCUUCCAGAUGCAAAAGAACACACACCUGAUCUUCCUAAGCAUGAAAGCACACCUUAUAAACAAGGCUACGUUCAGCUCACGUCCGAGUGCAGCAGCAGCAUUAAGAAUGUGAAGAAGGUCUCACUCAUCCUGGAUGAUGAUGAACAGCAGGAGGACCAAGGAGGUCUCACCAGCCUCACAGCUGCAGACAAACAGUCAAGAGUGAUCGAGCGCUGGGAGCUCCUCCAGGCGCAGGCAGUAAGAGAAGAGCAGUGCUACAGCAGAGACCGGGAACAGCUGACGUCUGACCUUCACGACAUCACUUCCUGGCUGGGCCAGGUCAUCCCUGAAAUUGAGAAACUCCAAAAUGCAGAGACAGCAUGUGUUAGUGUGCAGAUCAUGGAAGCCAGGGUCAAACAGCUAAAGGACAUGCAGAAGGCGUUUGCACGCUAUAAGACAUUGAUGCUGAGUCUGAACCUAGGUGGGCGGGAGCUGAAGUGUGAAACGGAUCCAGAAGUACAGCAGGUACAGGAAGACUUGUGCAGCAUGAACCAAAGCUGGAACAAGGCCUGCACGAGCCUGGAUGAGUGGGAGGACAAUCUGCGAAAGUCCUUCAUGCAUUGCCAGGAGUUCCACGAGACAUUGCACUCGCUCUUGCUGUGGCUACCUCAUGCUGAGAGUAGGAGAUUCACCGUUAACAUCCAUGAUCCGUCUGUACUGCCCUCCGUGCUGCACGAACACAGAACUGCACUGAUGGGUCUGGAAGAGGAGCUGAAGGCCAGGCAGGGGCGAGUGUCAUCUCUGCAGGAGAUCACCAAUGAGUUGCUCCCUGAGUCAGGGCCAGAGGACGACUUUGAAGUUACAGAGAAGCUCCAUGUCAUCCAUAAGAAAUUACGGCUGCUGCUGCAUCAGGUCAAGCAGGACCUCCAAACUGUUCAAGAGCGCUUGGACUCCUCUGAGGCAUUGGCUGCAAGUGAAGGACAAGAUCUUGGAUCUUCCUCUACGGAGCUAACAGCAAGCAGAUCAUCCGGUUCCACCAGGACACAGAAUAGGGAUUCAUCCCCACCGCGUUCAUUCUUCUACCGGGUCCUGAGAGCUGCCUUCCCGCUCCACGUCCUCUUCCUCCUGCUGCUGGUUUUCGCCUGCCUGGUACCACUGUCCGAAGAAGACUACAGCUGUACUCUAUCUAACAACUUUGCAAGAUCGUUCUAUCCUAUGUUGCGCUACACUAAUGGACCUCCUCCAACUUAAUACACUCGUGCGCACACAUAAAUACUGACCAACUGGUCUGCUUCCAAAGGUGACUCUAGAAGCACUCGGUGUGGGGGAUCAUACUGCUACUGUCCAAAAUGUUUUAAUACGUGUAUUUAUAAAAUUUAUUUUAUUCUAUUCUAUUCACCCUAAGAAAAGCCAUACUACUGAGAACGUUUUAAAAGAUAAAUCAAUUCCUAAUUACUAUUACACUGUAUGUAUGUUCUUUUACUAAUGCGACUGUGGGAAUGUUAAGGCACAUAUUUAUCAUCCUAACAGAACCCCGUUGAUACAUUUGGCUUACAAUCACUUUUCAGGCUUUUAAGCUUCCCUGAACGGAGAAAAAACAUUGUAACCAGUUGUGUAUUCCAUCUUAAACGUAGAUAGAUAGAGAAGGCCUGGCCGAUAGAUAGAGAGAAUGGUGACUGAUGAUACCAUGUAUGACUGUAUAAUUGUGUUUUAUGCUAAACGGUAUGUUUUCUUCACAGAACAAGCAUGUUUAAAUGUAAUAUCCAUAUUCCUCAUUUGUGUGUAUUUUGUUACGGAAUCAUUUUUAGGGGCACCUAAGCUUAUUUUUUUACUUUAUUAUGCCAUGAAAUGCUACAGUACAAAAAGCUAUCAUUUGUAUAUUUGUUGCUCCAAGCUUUAUUUUUAAUUUGCAUUAGCGUAAAUAGACUGUCGAUCAUUAAGAACAUUUAAGUUCACUGUACCAGGCAUUGACUCCAAGAACUUAUUCAUGUGCACUACAAUUCAAUUCUGAACUUCUAAAGUUCUUGCUUAUUUCAUGUUAUUUGGUAAUAAAUAUUAUCUUGCACAACCAAAA